UUAAAUCAGCAAUGCACAGAACUUCUCAGUAGCAAAGAACAAACCAAAGUAGAAAACACCAAGCUGAAGCUGACUAACCAGGAGCUGCUGGGGGACCUGGAGAGAACAUCUCAUGAACUAAGCCUAACUCAAGAACAGUUACACAUGCUGCAUGAGGAGAAGGAAAUGGAGGUGUACCGAGUGACAGAAACCUUACAGAGAGAGAAGUCAGGACUUCUGAAGCAGCUGGACUUUUUAAGGGAGAGGAACAGGCAUCUCAAAGAUUAAUGUGACAUAUUUCUGCAGAAAUGCAAAACAAGUGGUCCAAAAGCCAGCCGGAAGCUAAGUUCAGGGUCUGUCAUUGAGAAAUACAUAGAGGGCAGGAUGCUGCCUAACAGCCAUUCAUUUGAAGAAGAUGAUGAUUUCAUUAACUCGAAGAGAAGGAAUUCUACUGGACUGAGUGGAAUUCUCUCUGUAGACCCUGGUGCUGGAGCCACUGGAGGAUUGUCUAAAGUAUCACAGCUCCAAAGAAUAGUAUCAAUUGAGGAAGACCAUCUACCCCAGCUUCUUGACAGGCUGGUUAAUAAACAGCUGAACAGAUGGACAGGAGAAGAUGAGAAUACUUCUGAGAUGGAAAUGGAUAAGAAAAGGACAGAACAAUCAAUGGAGCACUCACCAUCAUCUUCUAGAGAGCAGCCUGUAGGGAAGGAAGCAUUGUCAAAUGAGAGAAUAAACUCUGUCCCAGACCACUUAUUCAAGGUUAUUUUUGUGGGCAAUUCAAGUGUUGGAAAGACUUUGUUCUUAAGGUGAUUUUGUGAAGAUUGUUUUCUCCCAGGCACAGCUGCUACUGUAGGUGUGGAUUACAAUGUGAAAACCAUCACAGUAGAUAAUACCUGGGUAGCCCUGCAACUCUGGGACAUGGCUGGCCAGGAACGGUACCGAAGUAUUACCAAGAAGUUUUUCGGAAAAGCUGAUGGUGUCAUUGUGAUGUAUGAUAUUACAGCAAAAAACACAUUCACAGCUGUCAAGCAGUGGCUGAUAAGCAUCGAGGAGGCAACUGAAGAGAAUGUACCUGUGCUUUUAUUAGGUAAUAAAACUAAUAAUGAAAAGGAAUGUGAGGUCCCUAUGGGAAUGGCAGAGCAUCUUGCUAAGGAUUCCCAGGAGGAAAUCCCAGUCCUUCCAGGUAUAAUCAGCAUUCCCCAGGUACUCAUCUAUUUUCUCCCUUACCCCAAUAGCAUUGUCCAGGUGGAGAGAUCACUUUUGAAUCAUUCUCCUCUUCACUACUAUGACCUGGAGGGGCUGUUGGGGCCCUUUGAGACCCUGAACCCAACGUCCCCUGAUCUGACCCCUCUGGUCUGCCACUCAUCUAUCUCCGAACAGUCUCAGGAACCCCAUCAAUCAUCCAGUGCCGGCAGCAACCGAAGGGAGCUGAUCACCGAAAUUCAGAGCUUUGUAGUCUGGAUUUUAAUGGAACUCGAAGAUAAAGUGAAAGAGAAAACCAUUGAACUUCAAUCUGAUAUGAAUGAAAAGUCUUGCUGUAUCAAGCCAUAA